AAAUGCUUGUGAGGAUAAGCUUUACAAAAGCAGGUGUUUUACUGUUUACAUGGCGAAAUUAAACUUUUUUCUUUAUCUAAUUACUGUGGGCUUCAUUUCAACACCAAGAAAGCAUCAUGGAAAGUGAUUUUGAAACGUAUUCAGAUCGACAUCCACACUCUGCAUCUAUAAAGGCCAGCUUCCGAUCAACUUCAUCAUUUCCUAUAAAUGGUUCAUUUGGUUCAUACUAUAAAUAUCCUGGAAAUGGCAAGGAUGAUAAUGAUGCCAAAGUGGAAGUGAACACUUUUCCUGAAAACAAUAAUCGAGCUGUGAUCACAGCGUUGAAGAGUUUGCAAGAGAAAAUUCGUAAACUAGAGCUGGACCGUGGUCAGGCCAAGGUUAAUCUAGAACAACUUUCUACUGAAGCCAGAAAAUAUCAAUAUAGAUUAGGCGAAGAACGCAGAAAAACUCCGCCACAGAGUCGCUCCGAAUCACCUGCAGUUGAAGUAAACAACCUCGCGAGUGCCGAAGCAAAAUGCACGCUUCUUGAGCGACAACUUGAAUACAUGCGCAAGAUGCUUCAGUCUGCCGAAGUGGAUCGAAAUGAGGCCAUUCAACGUUCUACAAGUCUUGCACAACAAGCCGCACGGCAAGCGUCUGAGCAUGUGCAGAGCAAACUGGAGAAGAUUUCCGGCCUCGAACGGCAGCACAUCGAACUGAAUGCUGCACAAACUGUAGCCGAGAAUAAAAUUCGUCAAUUGGAAGAAAAGCUCCUAGAGGAAAGACAUAAACGGAAGUUAAUUGAAGACAAAACUGCCGAGCUUGUUACCUCGGCGGAGACGAACAGAAUUUUAAUGAAAAUGGCCGCUUCACCGAUACCCGAAUCUAAAAAGAUUAAAAAAAAGAGAAAGGUAAAACAGUUACAAGCUGCAGCGCCUCCAGUUAAACCACAAUGUCAUUACAGAGUGAACAUGGGUAAUAUUCCAUUUAUUGCCGGCACGUCGACAUCGAAGUCUCAUAAUGUUGGUGCGAAUAUUCAAGGAGCUUUAUCUUUGUUAAAAAGUCACAAUCCCGCGUUAUGCAAUGCUGCAACGAGAUCUCGUCAAAGAUACUACCGAACGACCAACGUAUUGUCGGAUUCUGACUAUGCAUCAGAUGUUGACGAAGUGCUGCUUGCUUUACAGGAUGAAUUUGGUGGUAUGGGAUUCGAACAUAAAGAAUUGCUAAAGCAAAUACAAGAUACUGAAGACGAGCGCCUUCGUGAAGACUUAGAACGAGAACUCGAUCAACUCGUUGGGCGAAUGGAAACGAAAGGUGAGCAGAUUGCCUCGUUAAAACAACACAGAGAACGUUUAACGCGUUCGGGAAAACGCAAAAAGAAGCGGUCCACAGCGCCUGUUAACAGAACUCGAGAAACUCAUUCGUUGUCCAUUCGUGGUGGCGAAGUCGAAGUGGUAACAACAGUGAAGGCGAAAAGCAUGCCACGCAACCUUGACCGCGUUCAAACGAAAACUUCAAAAUCGAACUUAGAUGUAUUGCAAAGUAUGAGAAAAUUACAGUCAUCCUUACGAAAAGAUGAUCUCAGUUGGGAUUAAGAUUUAGGAUUGAGAUUAUAACAUCAAUUAAUUUGUAUAAUUCAGAUGCAGAUAAAAUCUACUUAAAUGUAAGUAUAAUUUAUUGCUUAUGUAUUCAUUCUGCAACUAUAAUGACUAUGCACACUGAUAUAAACACUCGUGCUUUACAAUAAAUUAAAGCCAGUAAAAAAAUAUUAAAUACACCAUCGUCUUCAA